AUGGCUUCCAAGCAGCAGGCAGAGGGUCUGGCCGAGUACCUGAACUGCCCCAUCUGCCUGGACCUCUUCAUGGAGCCGGUCAUCCUGGACUGCGGCCACAACUUCUGCCAGGGUUGCAUCCGGCGCUACUGGGAGGACAGCGAGACGGUGUCGUGCCCAGAGUGCAGGAAGGUUUUCCGGGAGAGGAGCCUCAGGCUGAACCGGGCCCUGGGUAACGUGGCGGACAGGGCUCGCCACCUGAUGCAGGAGGAUGCCGGAGAGAUGCAGCAACAGCAGGAGGAGGAGGAGGAGGAGGAGGCUGGGGGCCAGGCUAGGCUUGGUUCCCAGCCCCGGGCACCCUGCAGACACAGCCCGGGGGACGAGGGGCAGCAACUCCGCUUCUACUGCGGGGAACACAGGGAGGAGCUGAAACUCUUCUGUGAGACAGACAAGGAGCUGAUCUGUGUGAUGUGCCUGGACGGCAGAGGUGGCCAGAGCCACCGCUCCCACAACUUCAUGGUCAUCAGUGAAGCCGUGGAGAUGUACAAGGACAAACUGAAAUCCUUAUCUGACAUUCUUCAAGCCAAGUUUGUCCUCCUGGAAGCUAAACUAACGCAAAAGCAGGUUUUAGAAGUCGGGGACCAGACGAGCCAAUUGCAGAGCUUCAUCAUGUCUGAGUUUGCGAAGAUGCAUCAGGUCCUGAUUCGGGUGGAGAAGCGGCUGAUCGCCGAGCUGAAGGAUAACGUGGAGAAGAUCUCGGAAAAGCUGGAGAAGAACCUGCUGGACACUCAGCAGGAUUUAAACACCAUCCAGGAGAAGCUGUCGAGAUCGCAGACACAGCUGGACCAGGAGGACACCAUCGCCUUCUUAAAAGACCAAGCUAAUCAAGAGGUGAGUGAGGACACCAGGCAGCUUCUGUUGGCUGCUGAUUGCUUGCCGAUGGGAAUAUUCGGAGGCCCUUUGCAAUACACUGCUUGGAAGGAAAUGGGUGAUAGCAUCAGUCCUGUUCCAGCUUCGGUGACCCUGAACCCGAAGACAGCUCAUUCCUGGCUCCUCAUAUCCGAAGACCUGACCAGUGUCAGAUAUGCAAACAAGCAGCAGCAGCUCCCUGACACUCCAGAGCGGUUCAAUCCCUCCCUCUGUGUGCUAGGUUCUCAGGGGUUCACAUCGGGGAGGCAUUAUUGGGAGGUGGUGGUGGGAGAGAGCACCGAGUGGGAUGUGGGAGUGGUGAAGGAGUCCAUCAACAGGAAAGGGGAUAUCACGGCCAUUCCGCAGGCUGGAUACUGGAUCGUGUGGCUGAGAAAUGGCAAUGAUUACAAGGCUGGGUCUCUGCCUCGUACCCGUCUCAGGCUGAAUGCGAGGCCCCGGAAGAUAGGAGUGUACCUGGACUAUGAGGGCGGGCAGGUGUCCUUCUACAAUGCAGACAACAUGUCCCAUCUCCACACUUUCACUGACCUUUUCACCGAGAAACUUUACCCCUUCUUCAGUCCUUGCCUGAGUGGGCAUGGGGAGAACUCUGAGCCACUGAAAAUCUGCCAGAGAGGAAUAUUGUUGUUCAUGUCCAGAGCACUUAUCUUGCUUGUCACUAAGGCUUCUUGUGUGUGCACCGAACCGUAG